GUGCGAGAUCCGACAAUGGCACGCUUCCAGAUUCUCACGUGCGACGAAGUGCUUUAUAUAUGGCUUCCAUGGAGACCUGAUGCUCCAUCACAGAGAGAGGAAGCCAGAGAAAUUAAGAGUGAGAGAGACGAGGGAGCGGCCACUGAGGACGCCGUCACCCAGUUAGUCACCAUGACGAAGGUGUACCCGAACGCAGCCGCGCCGGCCGACGAGGUCAGGGGAGCGCUGUCCUCCUCCUCCUCCGGUCGGUCCGAGUCGAUGGCAUUGACAGUGUGGAAGAAAUCGCUUCUGUUCAACUGCAGCGGCUUCACUGUGUUCGACUCCAAGGGAAGUCUCCUCUUCCGGGUGGACAACUACGCGACGGACCACCGGGGGGAGGUGGUCCUCAUGGACGCCUCCGGUCAGCCGCUCCGCACCCUCCGGCGAAAGAGACUGAGCUUGGGGGACCAAUGGCUGGUGUUUGAUGGGGAAGUGUCGCUGGGAGUCGGAAGGAGAGGAAGGCGAGGUGGGUCGCCGACGAGGCCGCCCAAGUUUCACGUGAAGAAGCAGGGCAACUUCCUGGGGUCGAGGUCCCUUGCCCACGUCUCCUGCUGCCACUCCAAGGCUGCCUUCUACGACAUCGAAGGGUCCUACGCGCAGCGAUGUUGCACCGUAUACGACGAGAAGCGGAGGAAGGUGGCAGAGGUCAAGCGGAAGGAGGCUGCCUCCGGUGGGGUGGCCUUUGGUGCCGACGUCUUCCGGCUGAUCGUUCAGCCGGAGAUGGACGCCGCCGAUGCCAUGGCGCUGGUUCUGCUGCUCGACCAGAUGUUUACUUCUAGGUGGUCCUCUGCCGCCGUUCCAAUCUAACGAACGCAUGUACUUUCAUCGCUGGCGCUGAUCAAGCUGAUUCAUGGUCAUGGGCUCUCUUCUUCUUCUUCUUCCCGAACCGAAUGAAUCCUUGAUCGCCGGUCGAAGCUGAAGGGUGCUCUGCCCUAACUAAUACUACCCAACAUCGCUUGCUUCAACCCUGCAGAAGCAGACUGUGGGAGUCGGCAUGGUUCUUCUGUACAUUCCUUAAAACUACGUGGUGCUUGCUGGGCGGUGUGUGGUAAGAGGGAGAGAAGGGGUGCUGAAGAUCAGGCUUUUUGUGCUUUUUUCUCCUUUUUGUAUUUUUUUUUUUUUUUCAUUUCAGGAGUCCAGCUUCUUCAUCCUCUCAGAGUUUUUGAGUCUUGACUCUUCUGGUGGUGGUUCUGUUUUCAAUUAGCGCCCUAGAGGGUCCUUUUUUCUAUUUCCCUGUCCUUGGGCUUGUGUCGAGAACGUUGUGCUUAAUAAUUGAGGCAAUCUUGCUUCGUUCCAUGUACAAAUUUUUCUUUGAAUAGAUGGCGACAAUAAAAACUAGAAGUGGAAUUUUGUAA